AUGUGUGAUAGCGCCACCACAGGAUGUUUCCUGACCAGAAGCAGCCAUCGCAAGGAGAAUGGAAGAUCAGUUCCUGAUGUCACUGCCAGCCCGGGACGCGCUCCUCCCGGCCCGCUGCCCGCCAAUCAGCUGUCCUCGCUGGGCAACCAGCAACAUCAUGGCAACCAGCAGCAUCACGGCAACCAACAACAUCAUGGAAACCAGGGCAACCACCGCGGCCCAAGCGGUAGUCUGUCGAACGCCGCAGGGGUCAAGGACCCGGUGAUGCUCCAGGGCGACUUCCGCAAGGUCAGCGGCAUCAGCUCGGAGAUCUUCCGCCAGAUAGAGGCCGUCGAGAAUGACCACGACCCCAACACGGCCGCGGCUCUGGAGGCAGUGGAGCGUCGCGGGGAGAUGAUCGUGCGCGUCCUGGAGCCGCGAUGCAUGGGCAGCAAGCAGGCGGUGGAUGCCGCCCACAAGCUGAUGAACAAGGCGGACGGACGACACACUGUGCAGCUGGUGGAGAUCGUCAAGCGGCCUGGUCAGACGCUGGGCCUGUACAUCCGCGAGGGCAACGGUGCGGAUCGUACCGACGGCGUGUUCAUCUCACGGAUUGCCCUUGAGUCUGCGGUUUACAACAGCGGCUGCCUGAGGGUGGGCGAUGAAAUCCUGGCGGUGAACCUGGUGGAUGUUACCCACAUGUCCUUGGACGACGUCGUCAUCAUUAUGUCAAUUCCGCGCCGCCUGGUGCUGGCGAUACGGCAGCGGCGUGGCAAUCGCGGUACAGGAUCCCCCGGACCGCCGACGCUCUCACGGCCGGAACAGAAACCGCCACCGGUUGUUGUGAUCAAGCGGGAUCUGCGGGACGAGGAUCUAGACGAGACGGACCGGAUGCCGAGACCGCGCUCAUCACGUGAAAGACGUACAGGAGAUGGUCGCGAAAUGACGGAGUCGCGAUCUCGCUUAGGUCUGGGGCUCAACAACUAUAGUCCGCAGUCAGAGCAACUGGAUAUGUACUACAACACCCGCGGCGGAGGUGGAGGCGGAGCCAUGGGUGAGCCGCCGAACUGGGGCUACAAGCCGCCACCGCCACCUUCUUCGGUGAUUACGGAGCAGCCGACGAAAGGCCAUGCUUUUGCUCCAUCGCACGCUUACUACCAGAAUGCUGGCACCCUGGAGAGCCUGGCGGAGAAGGUACACGCCUUCUAUCCCGGACAGCCCGGCGCUCCGCCUGUGGGUCCCUCGAGAAGAAUGUCCACGGGCACUGGCAACGUAGGCCUCGCUCAACAACACGCCAGAUUCCCGCGGUCUGGUUCGGAUCAGCAUUUACCUCGCGUUGAAUAUGCGGACUACUCCAACUCUCUGGGACGGCAUUCCCUUCUGCGGUCGAGUUUGAAGCCAGGAACGGCUGGAGGAGCUCCAAUGCCAGUGGGAGUGGGUGGCACUCUGGGCCGAUACGGACGCUACGAUCAACAGAGAGCAGGUGUAUCCAAGUACGGUCCACCAGCUGGCGGAGCUCAGUCGCUGACUCGACGCUCCCGACCAAAUCUGGACUAUUCCAGCGAUACGGAGGCUACAAUUGGACCGAGGCCAAGUUACUACUACUAUAACAGACCCGCCAUCGGCAGCAUGCCAAGGGGAGCGGGUGGAGCAGGGGGAGUGGGUGCAGCUGCCGCAGCUGCCUUGUUGGCCGGAGCCACGGAUCUCAAUAAAUUCAAUUCGUUGCCCCGGGAGCGACCAGGAGUAAGAUUGCAGGGCAUUCGCUCCAGGAUGGGAGACCGUUUGGUGGAUGAGAACGACGGCAACACUUCGGCACCCGAAUUCGACGCGAGGAGAGGCAGGGACCUGCGGCAGCGAAUAACCGCCAGUCCGUCGAUAUUCACGGCGGACGAGUAUCGCGCCUGGCUAAGAAGGGCACCUAGCAGCUCUGCGAUUGCGGAACAAAUGCGAAUGACUCGGGACAUGUUUGCCCAGCCGCGGGCUCAGCGAUUCUCCUGCAGCGCAGAGAACAUCCACGAUGCUCUGAGGAAUACGGAGAGCAUCUACUCGAGUAGAACCCACAUCCUCGGCACGGGAACUCUCGAUCGGAACAUGGGUCUUACUCGGCCUAUUUCUGCACUACCCGUGAGAUCUAUGUCCUCGCAGCACAUUGGAGGAGCGGGAUCCAUUCGUUCGCCCAGCAUACGACGCAUGAGGCAGCUACUGGAACUAUCCGCUGGUCCUGCUAGUCCCAGCGGAAGUAUCCUUAGCACCGGUGGCCACCAGAGUCCGGCACCCACACCAAGUGCAACGUUGCCACGCCCACACCGUCAGAUCGACAUCAACCCGGCGGAGUUUGCGAAGUACAAGCUGGAUAAGCCCAUCGUGGAUAUCGGAGGGAUCUCCGGCAUGUUGUGGAUUCAUUUGCUCGCAGGUCGCGGCCUUAGAACAGCUCCAGAGGGAGCUGGAGGGCAGGCGCCACCAGGCCAAACCAGAGACCUCUAUUGCGUCAUCGAGUGCGAUCGCGUACACAAAGCGCGCACCGUGGUGCGUUCCGGUGACCUACAGUUCGACUGGGACGAGUCGUUCGAGCUGGACUUGGUGGGCAACAAGCAGUUGGACGUACUAGUCUACUCUUGGGAUCCGCAGCACAGGCACAAGCUGUGCUAUCGAGGGGCCAUCUCAUUGUCGUCGAUCCUCCGGCAGUCUCCACUCCACCAGCUGGCUUUGAAGGUGGAGCCUAGGGGCACGAUAUACAUUCGCAUGCGACACACGGAUCCACUGGCUCUCUACAAGAGAAGGGGAUUGCCCAGCUUGAGAGCUGGUUACCCUACACUCUUCGGCGCCGACUUGGAAACGGUGGUCAACCGGGAGUCUAAGAACGCGCCCGGAAGUGCACCCGUUCCCAUCGUUUUGAGGCGCUGUGUGGAGGAGGUGGAGCGCCGGGGGCUCGAUAUAAUCGGGCUGUACCGACUGUGCGGCUCCGCCACCAAGAAGCGACUGCUGCGCGAGGCCUUCGAGCGCAACAGCCGUGCCGUGGAAUUGAGCCCGGAACAUGUUCCUGACAUCAACGUCAUCACCGGCGUGCUCAAGGAUUACCUCAGGGAGCUACCCGAGCCGCUGUUCACGCGCUGUCUCUUCCAGAUGACGGUGGAUGCCUUGGCUGUCUGCCUGCCAGAUGACCCGGAGGGCAAUGCGAAACUGAUGCUUAGCAUUCUCGACUGCCUGCCGCGGGCAAAUAGGGCGACCCUGGUAUUCCUGCUGGACCACCUGUCGUUGGUUGUUUCCAACUCGGAGCGGAACAAGAUCGCCCAGGCGCUGGCCACCGUGAUGGGCCCACCGCUGAUGCUGCAUUCGGCGAGUGCGCAGCCGGGCGCUGACAUCGAUCACGCCCAACCGAUCGCGGUGCUCAAGUAUCUGCUCCAGAUCUGGCCGCAGCCGCAGGCGCAGCAUCAGCAGAUGGCGCAGCACAUGGGCGGCGCUGCGGGGGCGAUGAUGGGCGGCUUGGCCACCGCCGUCAGUAUGAGCAACAUGGCCGGCGUUGCUUCAGGUCGGCGCGGCGAGUCAACAGGGCAGCGUGGAAGCAAAGUCAGUGCGUUGCCAGCGGACAGACAGCAACUUCUACUGCAGCAGCAGGCGCAGCUCAUGGCGGCGGGCAAUCUUCUGCGCUCGUCCACUUCGGUAACCAACAUACUCUCCCAAGGCCAUCCUCAGCUCUCAGCCACAGCCAACAGUCAUCUGUAUCAAUCAGUAGUGGGUCAGUUAGCUCAAUCGCAUCGAGCCUUGCAACAAGCGGUGCAACAGCCCUAUCAAUUGGGGGGCUCAGUGGGCUCAGCAAUUCCCGACCAAUCGCCACUGCCACUUCCAGGCACACCCUCCCCCGGCAGUAGUUCGGCGUCGACGGGCUCGGGCUCCGGAUCCGGAUCGGGUAAAAGCACGGAUACCAUCAAGCGCGGUGCUUCUCCCGUCUCGGUGAAGCAAGUUAAGAUCGUCGACCAGCCAUCUAGCCCCUAUUCCAUCGUGAUGAAGAAGCCGCCGCUGCAGAAGGACGCGCCCGUAGAAAUCACCACGCCCACAGCCCAAGCGGAGGCAGCCUCAUCCCUGGGCGGCAGCACUAGAGACAAGGAAAGCAAUGGGACAGUAUCUCGCAGGGGAAAUGUGGACUUCUAUGAACCGCACAAAGCGCAGUCCAAGAGUUUGGUGACCGAAGAAUCCAGCUACACCUCCAAGUACUCCAGCUUGGAAGCUAAGAAGAGCAGCUUCGGCAACAGUAGCUACACGCCAAGCAAGGCGAAUGCCAGUGGACUCUCCGCCGGCGAGGACUACAAGGCCAUGCGUAACAAGUCGAGCGCCACAUCCAGCUCUAGUUCGUCCCAGGCCACGGUUCUGAGUGCUGGCUCGACGGCCACCUCAGCCCCGACCACCUCUUCGGACGAUUCGGAUGAUCUGGUCUCCUACAAGUCCUCGGCCUCCACAAAUGCUUUGCUAGCCCAAUCGCAGGCCAUGACCACCAGCCAGCUGAUGUCCAAGUAUCUAAAGCGGGAGCCACGAGUGCAGUUUACGCCGAUUAAGUCCCCGGACUCGCCCUCACCUCCGGGAGGCGGCGACGGGCUGCCCAAGGGGACUUACCAAUUGGUCACGCCAAGCUCGGGAUCAUCGAGCAAGCCGGGUGCUACCACUGGAGCUAUUAGCAAGUACACCACCAGCUCAGCGGACUCGAAUACAAACACAAACAGCCAGAAGUUGUCAUCGCCCUCGCGACUGUCCAGCAGCAAGGAUAGCAAUACAAAGACGGGAGCGGUCAGCAGCACCACUGCUUCGUCUUCGCUGGUUUCCACUGGUCGUCGACUGUUCGACAGCCUGGCCUCUUCAUCGUCCUCGGAAACGGAAACUAAGACCUACAUAGGUGGCACCACUGCGGUUAGUGGGGCAAGUGCGACGGCAUCCUACACUAACGACACCAGGAACUCCGGCAGCAGUAGCAGUAAGUCGGGAAUGGGAGGGGGGUCUGGGUUGGGAGCGGUUUCGGGAGCAAACUCCGAGGGUCGAAGUUAUGGCAGUACGCUCUUCGGCAGCAGUGGCCUGGGAAACGGCAGUGGCAGUAGCCACAUCCACUCGAACGCCAGUCCCAGUCCCUUCACCACCACCAACGGCAACGGCAACCACAAUACCAUGCACCUGUACGGCACUUUGCCCAAAAAUGGAGCUUCUACGGGGGCAGCUCUGUUCAGCGGAUCAGCCAACAGCUCCUCGUACCACUCCGCGGGGAGUGGAAGUGGAGCAGGAACCGCCAGCAGCAGCGGGGUUAGUUCCAUGACGGGCUCCACCAAUAGCUACGACUUCUACACGAGCAGUAGCUCCAGUGGCAGCGGCUCGCGACCCUUUGCCAACGGGGGCAAUAACUACCACACACUGGGAACCUACAGGGCCCAGUACGCGGCCACUAAUCCCUUCCUAGAUGCGUUCGAUGAAAAGCCGGGCAGCAAUGGGGGUAAUAGCCACGGGGAGGAGAAGCUAGGCGCGGACAAGGGUCACCACAGGGCAGCUGUAAUGGCGGCUUUCCAGUCGUCGGGAGACUCAAAAAACGGUAGCGAUGAGUAUGACGAUAUCAAGUGAAGUACGAAAAGUGCUAUAAAGUGCGGCUAGAAAGGAGGAAAUUAACUGCAACUACGAUUAUACGCGUAAAAUGUGCGAAACUAUGAGAUAUUUAAAUGAAAGUUUACUUUUAAACUUUAGUUCUCAUUCUAACUAUAUACAACAACUUGGAAUAAUUGUGAUUUUAUUUCCUUGAAUCUUUUCAUCAGAAAGGGCAAAACGUUAAAGCUUUUUCCUACCACUUUCUUGUAAAUAAUAUCAUUCAAAAUCUUCAUUGCAAUGCGUGCGUAUAAGCGUAGUUACUUAACGAAAGAGUACGAAAAUGAAUGCCAUACAAUGCUGAAAGUGUUCUUUUGAAGUAUUUACAGUUUACAAAUUUACAAGAUACGAAAGAUAAACGAAUAUAAACCCCUACAAAUAAACGAUAUGAAACGAUUUUGCAAACAGCGUCAAGUCCCUAUCCCAUGGAAGCCCAAUGGCAAUCCACUAAAGCAAGCAGAAUAUAAAAUUAUAUAGUCAUCGAGCUCUGUGUAUGUGUGUUUAUAAAUACUUAAUGGAAGCUUAUCAUUGGUAGCUUUAACACUUCUGUAACGCUCAACAGUGGGCAGCCAUUCAGCUAACAUAAAUCCGAAUUCAAUAAGAUUUACGAACAGUAUUUUUGAAUGAACAAAAACAUAAAUUAAAGACCACAGCGUAUACAACAAAGUACAUUUAAAUAAAAUAAAAAGAAAAUCUUAAACAAAAGGUUGAUCGCGCAUUUAAUUUUUACAAACAAACAAUCUCUAUAUAAACAUAUAUGCCUCUAAUAGACAUACAAUUACGUUGAUAACAUAUUUUUUCGUACUCCCAUUUCGCAGUGAAAGCUGUAUAUAAAAAGCUGCUAGUUCACCACUUCCUAUCCCUAAUCUAGCCACUGCUAUGUGUGUGUUUCAAUGUGACCAACUCUCUAAUCUGUAAAUCCAGUAUACAUGACUAUGACAACCUAUCUAAAUUAACUAUUGGACGACUUUUUAAGCAACAUGUGUAUUUGCCUAAAAUGUUUCUCUAUGCCCAUUAUAUAUAACUCUGUAUACACGUGCAUAUGUGAUUGGGAGUACCGAUCGAUUCGGGCUACAGCCCUGGGAGAAACGUAUAUUUCGAUCAUUUCAGAUCAAACUCUCGAAGCGGGUUCCCCAUAUGCAGACACCACACGGAUACUGACAUGCAAAAUACAAAUACUUGAAUUUAUUGACGAAUCGAUGUGCUUAGUUUUUGUAUGAAACAAAGUCUGAUAUACACACUAAUAUACACCAGUACAGUAUAAUAUUUAUAAACAUUUAAACAUAAUUAUACAAGCGAUGAAAACUAACAAAAAGAAAAGUAAUGCUAAAAAUAUAUACUACAAAAUAACAAGCUUUGCGAUUAAGGAGAAUUUUACAGCAGUUAUGUUUUCAAAGCUUUUUACAAUGUAUGACCAACUGUGCUUAAUCCCAAUCAUAUAGUAAAUUACAUUUAAACAAGCAUAUAACGAACUCAAUGGCAUAAAACCCUAUAAACUACUUUCGAAUACAAAUGCUACGGAACUGUAAAUACCCAGAAAGAUAUUCACCUCUCUGGUCUGGCAGUCAAAAAUCGUCAGUUGAAGCUAGGUCCUAGUCAUAGGCUUCGUCGGUCAAUACACAUAGCUUACAGUAACGUAUUAUUUAAAUUAGGUUUAACAGAAAGCAUCGUAAGCAAUAAAAUAACAGCUAGGCGAGAAGAAAAUAGGAAAGCUAAGAAAAUAGAUUCAGAAUCCGAUAAAGAUUUAUGUUAGCAACCAAAAAUGCAUAAUCAUUCGUCUUCAUACAAGUACAACUUCCCUCAGCAGUUCAACAAAAUCAAUUUAAAAAAUAGAUCUAACUAAUCAUAUACAAAUUCAUAAUACAUUUUUCAUAACUAUUCAAAAUCAUAUAGUCCCAUGCGUAAACGCAACUAUUAGCAAGAUUGUGCAUUAUUUGAUUUUAACAAUUAAUACGGAAUAGGGAUUGAUGAGGAGCCCGAGAACGCGUUGAGAUUUUAAAUAGCAAAUUAUUCAGUUAAUUGUUGUCAGAUUUAUUUUAUACGAAUGAAGAGCAUUUGAAGUGUUAAACAUGAUUAUGAAACCAAAGAGUUAAGAACCACAACAUAGGCAACCAUAUAGUUGAGGCAAAUUGAUUUUUAUAUAGUGAAUUGUUAAUUAUUGCAUAUAGCGUGUAGAGUUUUUAAAAGUCGAAAAUAAAUGUAGUGGCAAGACCGAAGAGUUUAUUUGUGGGGUUCGCGACAUUCGAGCCAAAUUAGCUGCCCAACCUGUUUAUUGAUUUUAAGAUUUUAACGUCGUAAAUACCAAAGAAAAGUCAAUGUUACUACAGCUGUCGCCUUCGUUUUAAACACACGUAAUACUCUAAUGUCCCUAGUAGCUCCCCAAACCCUUUUUCUUGAUUUGUUCACCCCAAAAGCUUUAAUCGUUGAACGACCCGAAGGUUACAAAUUCGAGACAUAUUCUACAUAUACCAAAUAAUAGUAGCGGAGUAGGUGGAGGUUAUAAUGAGUAGGACAACACUUCGUUUUAUUUGCGAUUCGUUGUGGCUUCAUAGUCGUAGAUAGCUUAGGCCUAAGAUGUGGGAGCUGGUGGAGAAUCGGAGGUGGUCAGUUGGUGGUGGAUGGAACAACUGGAGGCUGCGACUGCGAGGGCGCCUGUUUGGCUUUUGUCGCUUGGAGCUGCUUCUUUGAUCCCGGUCCUGUUCGAUAUGUAUUUGUACUUGUACUUAGAACUUGUAAGCAUACACUAUGGAAUAUAUAUCACUGUGUCAUAUCGUACAUUUAAAGCCAGUAAGGCAACCAAAUUGGAGGUGGACGAAGCAACCAGAAGAGGGUAAAUUGUUAACGCAAAGUAUUCACUUAUUGAAGUAUGUAUACAAACCUACAUUUAUAGCGACCGAGCAGCAACUACAUAAUAUACAUAGAUAAAUACCAAACUAAACCUUAACACGAUUGGCAGGCAACCAAGUACUACAAAUUGUAUAUGCAUUUAAUUUAGAGUAACUACAACUAACUAAACACUAAAUAACUGAUACGAAAACCAAUCCAACUGUUAGCUGGCGAAUGACAACGGCAAAUGAAUUGAUAAUACGCUAACACAUUAGGCAUUAAUGUUAGUUAACAGUGAAUGAAACAGAAACGAAAUGUAUUGCACAAUAUCGAACACAUAUAAAUAUUAGCGAAAGUAACUAAGCCUACGCAAAUAAGGCACAUACGAAUAGUAUCCGAAUACGUAAGCAAUGGUGGCAGAAUGCAGAUUCAGAUUUCAUUACAGUUAUGUUCAAAACUCGAUCUCGAAAUCGGAUCUGCAGUCGACCGAUACCACGGCGGAAAUCUCGGAUAGUUUGAAAGGGAGCUCAGUUGUAUUGUUUGGAUAAUUUGGAUAAUGAAUACGCCUAAGUAUAUAUAAAGAAUGUGUGAAUUUAUGUAUGUAUUAAAUGUGCCUACACUUUCGUUUAUUUUCGAACCACAAAGAUCCUUCCGCCCACACACUUGAACUGUUAAUUUCCGCCCCACUUUAAGAACCCUUUGACGCUUUACGGGGAUUUUUUUUGGGUUUUCGAGCGAUUUGCAAGCGAUUGCAAUUGAGGAGAAGAUUUUUUCUGUCGAACUUAACAAGUAAAUGGAGACCAAAUGCUCAGGGCUUUAGCGAGUUACAGUAGGCGUAAAAUACAAAAACAAAUAUGGGGAGACCCACCUAAGAACUAAGUGCAACACAUCACGAGCAUACUCCAUCAAACGUUAGGCCAAUGCAUUUUAGUUGAAUAUUUAGCUCUUGUCAUCAGCAGCAGAAGCGGCGGGUGCAACACCAACA